AUGAAUCGGCUCAUUUUAAACAAAGCAACUUCAUCCAAUGAUGAACCCACACCGGGAUAUUUGUACAGUGAAAUAUCUCAGAUGGCCUUCUGUUCUAAAGAAUCCAUGAAUUUAGUGGGAGAAUAUUUAUUAAAGAAAUUACAAAGAACAGAUGUAAAUGUAAAAUUAAAAACGUUAAAAAUCUUAAAACAUUUAUGUGAUAAAAAACGAUCAGAUUUUCGAAAUUUUUUAAAAAAAAAAAUAGACAUUAUUAAAAAUUGUCAAACAUGUAAUAUAGUUCAUGAUGAAUUAAGAGGGGAAACCCCAUCUAUGUUAGUUCGAAAAGAAGCAUCUGAUUUAAUUAAGUUAAUUUACUCGUAUGAUUCAUCAGAUAAUAAUAUAAAAACUGUAUCUAAUAAUAGUCAAGACAUGAUAAAAAAUAAUCGAAUACAAGGCUUUGGUAAUUCGAACUUUCAAAAAUAUAAUAGUCCAAACACUGGUAUCAGUAACGAUUACACUACAAAUAGAGAUUCUGAAAUAACUGACAUAAACACAAUCAAUCACAUGAACAGCAAUUUUAAUGGCACAAAUAAUUACAUCAAUAAAAUGCCAGGUUUUGGUAAUCCCCACUUUAAUCAAAAUCCUGUUCAAAAAACAAAAGGAGAAAUAGCCAUUAAAUAUUUAAACGAAGUCGCAAACAAGUAUAUGCCUUCCUCCUUUGUAAACAGAAUCAAUAAAGUUAGUGCAUCUAUCACAAAGAAUUAUGCAAAUGGUUCUCUCAACAUACAGAAUAUAAUGAAUGGUAAUGCAUUUAGCAAGAAUUUAGAAAGUAAUAAUAUGAUUAGGGCAACAUAUAAUAAUACCAACAAUAUAGGUAUUUAUAAAGGAACGUAUAGUACCCAAAACACUUUUAGAGAUGGUUUACGUGGCCAAAGAAAUUUUGGUACCAUUAAUACUGCAGGUGGAUUGCAGAAUUCAAGAAGAAUAGAUAAUAUAAGAAAACCACAAGAGUCUCAAGCCUCUGGAAUUUACGAAAAAAAAAUAAUUGAAGAUAUUUUAAACACAACAGGAAUUAAUAAAGUUCCCUCAGAAAGUGUGUUGAAUGAAUUCGCACAAAAAUGUGAAACGUUAGAUACAAAAGUUAUUAUAUCGAUUCUUACAUCGAAGCUAAAAAUUAAAUACACAAAUGAAGAAGAUGUUUGUAAAAAUAAAAUCAAAGUGUUAUGUGUUAUAAAACACUUAUUACUUUAUCGAAAAAAAAAAGAAAAUGAAAAGGCAAUCGAAACCUUAGAAACAUUGAUACAGAACUUGAAGGAUCAAACCAUGGGGGAAUUAUAUUUGUGCAAAGAAAUUAAGCAUUUAAAAAAACAUGUCACGGAAAUUUUUGUUCUUAUGGGAUUGCAUGUUAAGCACUCAAAUGACGAACCACGAAAAAAAGAAGUCAUAAUGAUGCAGCCUAUGGAAAUUCCAAAUUUGCUGGAUAUCGAUGAUGAUGUUCAGAUCACUGCUACUAUUAGCAGUACUAGAAUGAACACCCUUCAAGGCUAUGAUUCAAGCAAUAUGAACUCUAUUUAUCUACCCACGCAGGUUGCAUAUGACAAUGACAGCUUGCACAACAAUAACAAAUCGGUGAACAAAUCGGUGAACAAAUCGGUGAACAAGUUAGAGAACAAGUUAGAGAACAAGUUAGAGAACAGUUCUGUGGAUUUUUUCCUGGAUAGUCGAAAUCACACAACUGAACCGAGAGCCCAAGAGAAUAGCAAAAACGGUGAUGUCGAAAAGUUAAUAAGUAGCUUUGAUGAGCUCUCGAUAGGAAACAGCAGGACCCAGGAUAAUGCUAGGAAACAAAGUGACAGUAGAAGUGGAGCCAAUGAUAACGAAUUGUUUAACAGUCUUAAUGUGAAAUGUCAAUACAAAAAAAAUGAUAUAAAAGUUGGCAGAAGUAGUAGUACAGUGCAAACUGCUGAAAAAGGAGGAAAAACUUACCCACAGGAUACGUCAAAAAAUACACUUAUAAAUAUCCAGAAUAAUAAUCGAAUUGUUAUAAAUGAUAACAAUACGAGUAACUUAAUUUUUUUAGAAAAUGAAAAUAAAGAUGAUAAUAGAAAAGGAGCUAUAAACACAAAAAAAAAUUUUACCCAUCUUGAUGAUGCAAAUGAUUUCUUCAUUUUUGAAAACGAUAAACAAUUAUCAACUCGAAAUAACAACAAGGGAACGUCAAAUUAUGGGGGAAAUAAUAGCGCAUAUUUGGAUGACUUGAAAUCUGUUAUGGAUAUGAAUAAUUUACAAAAUAAAAACAUAACAAAAGAUAUUAAUAGUGUUAAUAAAAUGCACCAAUUGUGUAGCGACGAAAAUGACAAAAAAGAGGACGAUCAAUGUUCUAUGAAACAACUGCUACUUUUGCAACAAUUUCAUAAAAACAAAAACAUAGAAUCAAAUAGUAUGAACAAUCAAGACUUAAGUUUGAUAGACAUUGAAGAACAUUUUACUAAUGAGACAACUCAUGACAAGAAUACUCCUUUUAUUGACGUCACAGCUUUACCACAUAAUUAUGAAAAAAGACAAGUACAUUCACAUACUCAGACACAGACACAGACGCAGAGGAGGACAAUAAUGAAUAAUAAUACCAUCAAUGAUCCUACCUCUGACAGAAAUAAUGACAUAAUCCAAAUGAAUGACUUAAACAAACUUUCCGGCAAUUUCCAGAACCACCUAACUAGUACAGCAAAUUUUACUACUACAGAUGAAGAAAUAAAUAAUUUUUUUAGCAGCUUUUCUAUAUCAUCUAAAAGGAGGAAUGAGGAAAAUGAUAAAAAACCGAAUGUUCAGAUAGAUGCCUUUGAGCUUUUGGCAGACCAACUAAAGUUGUGA